AAAAGCUGCAUCUUUCCUUCGUUUGGUUUGCCUGCACCCAUAUUUAAAAAGUUGAAGAAUUUUUUUUUCUGUUAUUGAGUAAAAACAAAAAUUUUGUUAAAAAAUGUCUGAUGACGAUUGGUUUGAUAAAGAUAUUGAUGAAAUAGUGCAAGAAGUUCAAAAAAAGAAAGAACCGGUACCGGCUUCUGAUUUGUCUGAAAGUGAUUUUCAAGAUUUAAGUUUGUUGCCAAAUCGUAUUCCGAAUUUUGCAGCAUUUGAUGGUGAUUAUGGCGGUAAUUAUGAACUUCCAAAAAAAGUCGAAGAAAAACAAGUUAACAGCAAUAAGAAACAUGUGAAGACGGAGAAAGGAUGGGUGCAAUCAUUAUCCUUCAAAAAAUUGAGUUUCAUUUCAGAGCUCACUCCAUUGAAUGUUUUCUUAGAAGUGACACAAAAUGAUUGCGGCUUUUUUCAAUGUUUCAAAGAAAAUGUGACAAAUGAAUUUAUAAUUUUAAUGAUUAAAGUUAUGGCUAAAUUAUGCGAACAACCGCUUGAGGAAUAUAAAAAUGAUUUCCUUAAAACUUUUAUUGAAAGUGAGAAUUUCUUAAAAUCAUUAGAAGGGGUUUUGCAAGGAUUGUUUGAUAACACAAUUGUAAAAAAUAAAAAAUCAAUUUUUCAAAUAAAUGUACAAGAACUCACUGAGGAAAUUAUAUUAAUUUGCAAAAAUAUUUCUUUGGCGGGUAUAGCCAAUAAUGUUAUAAAGAAUUUCGUGAAGAAUUUGUUGGAAAAACUCAAUAAGGCUGGGAAUAAAUUUUCAUGGUCGAAACAAAAGUUAGUGGAUAUUGAUCGUGUACUGAAUUCUGCACCAAAUGUAAUAAGAUCAAAAGAAAUUUAUCCAUCUUUGGAGGAAUUAAAUCAAACCGGAGAAAUUAAUUGCUUAAAACCUAAUAUCACCGAAGGAAAAUACAGUUCUGUUUUGCAUUAUUUGGAUGUACAUUUGUCUUUAUUACGAGAAGACUUUAUAUCGCCAUUGAGAGAUCUUAUUCAAGAAUUAAGGGCUUCACAAAAUUUAGAAGAAAUACCAUCGACAAAAAUUUACAAAAAAGUUCGUUUAUUGGCAACUGAUUCCGUUUAUUCGAAAAAUCGUAAAGGCGAGAUGAUUUUGGUUGAUUUGAAAGCAGAUCAGAGAAAUGGUUCAAAUAUCAACACAAGCCCAGAACCUACAUGGGUUAAUCCUAAAAAAUUAAUGUUUGGUUCUCUUCUGUGUUUUGCAACCAAUUUAGAAUUUAAUAAUAUAUUGUUAGCUGUAGUGUCUAACAGAGAUGUUGAUAUGAUUUUAAAGGGAUAUAUUCAAAUAGAAAUAAUAAAAAUAUAUGAUGUUUCAAAAAUAUUUGAAACCGAUUUUAUAAUGCUGGAAAGUGAAGUAUAUUUCGAACCUUAUAAUCACGUGUAUAAAGUUCUUAAAAGUUUAGAUCAAUCAAACUUCCCCUUGGCAAAUUAUAUCGUUGGAAUUGAUAAAACCCAACACUACCCAGAAUAUUUAACGGGCUCCGGAAAAUCCUUUUAUGAAUACCGUAAUCAUUUUUUUAAUCCGAUUGAUUAUUCGACUUAUCCUUUAGCAAAGGUUCUUAAAAUGGACGAUUCUCAAUUAAAAGCUUACCAGCACGCCUUGAGUAACAAAUUCUCGCUAAUACAAGGGCCGCCUGGAACUGGAAAAACAUACAUUGGGUUGAAAAUUUUAACUACAUUGUUAAUGAACAUUGAUUCGCAAGUGCUAAUAAUAUGCUAUACCAACCAUGCGUUAGAUCAAUUUUUAUCUAGAAUAUUACAUGUAACAGAUGAUAUUGUGAGAAUGGGAAAUCAAUCAAAACAUGAUUUAUUAGAUAAGUAUAAUAUAAAACAAAUGACUGACACAAUUAAUACUGAUAGAAGGCUAAAAGCGUGCUUUUAUAAUGCAAAAAAUGAAUAUGCAAGAAAGUUCCAAGAAUUUGAACAGUUACAAAGGGAUUAUAAUGGUAGUGAUGAUAACUACCAAAAAAUAUUAAAAAGUCAGGAAGAGUUGAAAAGAAUUUCGAAGCAACUUGACGAAUUAAAACAAAUUACAGAAUACAAUUCAAUAAAAGACAAGAGGGUUAUUGGAAUGACAACUACUUAUGCAGCUAGAUGCAAUGUGUUGAUUCAGUUAUUAAAAACACCAAUUGUUUUAAUUGAGGAAGCUGCUGAGGUAUUGGAAUCUCACAUUGUUGCUGCUUUGACAAAGAAUACUCAACAUUUGAUAUUAAUUGGUGAUCAUCAGCAACUGCGGCCGACAACUAGUGUUUAUCGAUUGAGUCAAAAAUAUAACAUGGAUAUUUCUCUUUUCGAGAGAAUGAUCAACAAUAGACUGAAUUGUGUUUGUUUAAAUAAACAACAUCGUAUGCGACCAGAAAUCGCGGAUUUAAUUCGUGGAACAAUAUAUAAGCAACUUCAUGAUCACGACAUUGUCACAAAAUACAAAAAAAUUAAUGGCAUGGCAAAAAAUAUGUUUUUUAUAACUCACAAUUCGUCUGAAAGUAAGUUUAAUGAUGAAUCAACUAAGAAGAAUGUGUAUGAAGCACAAUUCUUGUGUGCUUUAGCAAAUUAUUUGCUUAUGCAAGACUAUAAACCGGAGGAUAUAGUACUGCUGACAACAUAUAACGGACAAAUGAUUCAAUUAUUAAAUGAGCGUAAACAGUAUCCAUCUUUGCAAAAAGUGCGAGUAACAGUCGUUGAUAACUUCCAGGGUGAAGAAAGCAAAAUAAUUCUACUAUCUUUGGUCCGCAGCAAUGAAGAUAAUCGAAUUGGUUAUUUAGCUAUGAAAAAUCGUAUUUGUGUUGCCUUAUCUAGAGCGAAAGAAGGUCUUUAUGCUAUAGGUAAUAUGGAAUUUUUGGCAAAUAAUAAUUCGACGUGGGGAAACAUUUAUCAGAAAUUAAGAGAAAAGCAAGCAGUUGGUGAAAAUUUAAUGCUAGAAUGUGAAAGACACAGUGUUACUAUUCAAAUCAAUGCAUUGGUAGAUUUUGAGUCGGUAAAAUUUGGAGGAUGUCAAAAACGUUGUGACUUCCAACUACCAUGUGGACACACAUGUGGUUAUAUGUGUCAUCGAAGUCAAUUUGAGCAUUUUGCAGAUUGCAAUUGUGUCAACUAAAUCAAAGCAAAAUUUAAUAUUUAAACUAAAUUCAAUUAAAAAUAAUAAAAACAUGAUAAAUUGAUUCAUAACAUUAAAUAAAUAAGUAAAUAAAAUUAAUAGCUUAAAACAAUUUUUUAAAAUUAUUUUGUAGCAAAGAAGACAAAAAUUAAAUUGUU